AUGAAGAAGAAAAAACAUGAUGCCAUUGUUUAUGAACCUAAAGAACUUCUGAAUCCCUCUCCCAAUGUAACAAAUUGUUGCAAAUCACUGUGGGUGAAAUACAGUUUUCAGAAUGCUUACAUGAUCCAACUUGUCAGCUCCCGGCCAGUUUCAGCCAUGUCAAGGAACCCAGAUCACAAUCCACCUUCUCAGCCCAAGGAGGAUAGUAUUGGCCAGAGCCAUCACCAGGAGGAAAUAAUUCACAAGUUGGCCGUGCAGCUGAGAAACAUUGGGGACAGCAUUGAGCAGAGAAUGGUGCGAGAGAACUUUCAGCAAGAAGGCAGAGAUAUCCUGGCUCACUAUGUCUUCGUUUUCUUUGGAGGAGUUCACAUGCUGCUGCGCUUUCUCUGGAACAACCAUUUGAUGUAGAAGGGACGUAAACAGCAGGCUCUGCUUUCCUUCUACCCUCUGAGAAAACAUGAAUCCCACCGGGGCAGAUGCAAAGAAGACCCUUCUCCUCCUCCUCUCUCUUUCACCCAUCAUUGUUGCUUUUGUCUGGUUUGUUGAAGAACUGUGGACCCACUGGUCAUUUGUCUGUUGUUGUCUGGCCAACCAGCGAUGAGACGUCUGUGAUGGUCUCAUAGUGGAGCC